AUGGCUACAAAGAAGAGCGUCGGGGACUUGAAGGAAACUGAUUUGAAGGGAAAGAAAGUGUUUGUUAGAGUCGAUCUGAACGUUCCAUUGGAUGAUAACUUCAACAUAACUGAUGACACAAGGAUCCGUGUUGUUGUUCCCACCAUCAAGAUGAGCAACCAGAAGUACAAGGACCAGCAGUUUUGGUCUCAACUGAAAGAGGAUCAACUAUCAGUCCAAUUGUACUUGGACUUGAGGAUUUCGCCCGGCAUUGAAGAAUUAGUCAAGAAACUGAAGGCAAGGAAUACUGAUGUAUAUCUAAUUUUCGGGGGCUUCCGCCAAAUGAUCAAUCUGCUCUUUGGAAGUUCCGGGGAGUUUUUGGGAUUCGAUGCUAAUGAGCCCACUUCGAGGAGUAGAGGAAAAGCUACUGCUGUUCAGCAAAUAAGAAAGGUUAAGGGAUACAAAGCAUUAGUCAUGAUUGGUGAUGGUGCUACUGAUCUUGAGCCUAGUUCAUUAUUCUUCUUAUUGAUCUCUAGGAUUUCGCUCGACAUUGAAGAAUUAGUCAAGAAGCUAAAGGUAAGGAAUACUGAUGUUUAUCUAAUUUCCGGGGGCUUCCGUCAAAUGAUCAAUGUAUACAACUGA